GUUGAAGAUUAUAUAAUUACUGGUGUCUAUUUGGGUUUAAUAUUAUAACCUACAGACAAAUACAUCUAUUCGGUAAUAACACUCUAGAAUUAAAACUUCAAGCGGCGUCAAAUUUGGUUAGACCAAUAGUAGCAGAGAACGGGGCUACCCAACUGUCUUAUGCGUACAUUACAUAACAGGAAGUGUUUCACUAUCGCCCAAACCGAACUGCACGAGAGUCCGAUGGCCUGAAAGGACAGUGACACAACAGCAAAUAACCCCUCUAAAUUCGCACCAAACAUCGUGUACAUGAGAUUUACAAGCCGACCAAAAAUGAACUACAUGCCAGGAACAGCCAGCCUCAUCGAGGAUAUCGAUAAAAAACAUCUCGUCCUGCUCAGAGAUGGAAGAACGUUGAUCGGCUUUCUCAGAAGCAUUGAUCAGUUUGCCAACCUGGUGCUGCAGCAGACGGUGGAGAGGAUCCACGUGGGCAAGAGGUAUGGAGACAUCCCUCGAGGAAUCUUUAUCGUCAGGGGAGAGAACGUAGUCCUCCUGGGGGAGAUCGACCUGGAGAAGGAGAGUGACACCAGUCUGCAGCAGGUGUGUAUUGAGGACAUCCUGGAGGAACAGCGACUGCAGCAGCAGAGCAGGCAGGAGGCAGAGAAGACCAAACACCUGGCCCUGAAGGAGAGAGGCCUGGUCAUGCCCAGACCAGACAUCAUGGACGAAUAUGGAGUACAGCAUCAAUACUGACCGGUACAUACAAACACGGUCAAUAGGUAAUGAUCCAAGUUCACUGUCUUUACUUUACCUUUGAGAGGGAAUCCCCAAUGUACUGGGCACCUUAUGACGAAGCACCUUAUUUCACAUUCAGAGUUUUAUAUUAUGUUUCCCUAAGAGUAUCAUGGCACUGACAUAAAUGUACAGGGUUUUUGUUUGAACCAUUAUUUUAAACUAUUUUGUGAGGUGUAAUGAAAACGACAUUUUGAUUUGUACAGAAGUGAAAAGAGGAUUUAUCAAAGUUGUACAUCACUGGAAAGGCCUUUGUUUGUAUUAAACACUUGUAUUUUUUAGAA